GAAGUAACGGUGCAUCCUGAACUUUCGGAUAUUCCUAAUGAAACGGAGAGCUUAAAUGAACAAUACUUAGACUAUCCCAUUCAUGUAGAAGAAAAGAAUAACACAUUUACCUACAACCCUGAAAAYAUUAUGAUAACAUCUGCUAUAAUGUUUGGAGCGUUUUAUGCCACACCUUUGGGGAGAUGGAUACGCAAUAAGAUGGGGAGAAGGGAAAAUGAUUAUGAUGAUCGGUCAGAAAGAAGUUAUUCAACGUUAGACUAUGAUUCAGAAAAUGAUGAUAUGUAUUCCAGUAGCAUGAGUUAUAAUGUAUCUUAUUAUCCUACAUGAC